GGGAGCUGGGAGAAGUGAUCAUCACAUCUGACUCGGAAACAGGAUAUAAGUUUUAAAGUCCACACGCUGUGUGGGGAGGAAAACGAGACAUAAAUGACAAAAGGACAAGCAAACGCCUUGGUUUUGAGUAAUGAUUUACCUGUCUCGGGUUGAGGAGGUUAAUGCUUCAUGGAGGAUUCCACCAACCUGUGAUGAAAAGAUACAACCUAGCCAAUAGUUUUUCAUGUGGAUGUCUGCUUUUUAAUGCCUUUACCUGAGAAGACAGUUCAAAUGUGGCACGAUGGUAGUGAUAAUUGUGGACCCUGGACCUGCAGAUCAGCACCCUCUUCAGCAAAGUGGUUCUUGAAACUUUUUGAAGAAAUUACAAAAUUUUACCUUAAAUGUGUUUCUCAAUAGUACAGCUCCAAAGCAUUAGAUAUCGAAAGACAGACACUGAAAAUGCAUGUAUUGAAAAUGCAUAAAGGCUAUGGGAUUCUAUUUUAUAAUCUGAUGAUUAGAUUUGUACUGCAUUCACAAGCCUCUUAUGCACUAGAUUGUACACCAAGAAAAACUAUAAAUUAUGAAGAUUCAAACUUCAAAACAUUUGCAGAACAAGGAAUCUCUAAUUAUUCAACAUUACUAUUAAGUGAGGAGCAUGACCUGUUGUUAGUAGGCGCUAGAGAUGCCAUUUUCGCUCUCAACAUUGAAAAUAUUUCAAACUCCAUUUCACAAGUGAUGUGGACUGUCUCUGAGCAGAAACAGAAAGAAUGCAUGUACAAAGGAAAGUCACAAGAGAUUGAUUGCCGUAACUAUAUACGCAUUCUCCACUGGUUAAGUGAAACUAGAAUGUACGUUUGUGGAACAAAUGCAUUUCAACCAACAUGUGAUCACUUGGUUAUUAACAAUGGCAAAAUCCACCUAGAAAAUAAUCCUGAAGAGAGUAAAGGAAAGUGUCCAUUUGACCCGACUCAGAAGUAUGCAUCCGUAAUGGUCGAUGGAGAAUUUUACUCUGCAACAGCAAAUAAUUUUCUUGGUUCUGAGCCCAUUCUACUCCGUAGCCUGAAAAACAAUCUGAGGACAGAGUACAAAACUUCAUGGCUAAAUGAGCCUAAUUUUAUACAUUUGGAUGUGGUUGAAGAGAGUAAAUCUGCUGCUGAUGGAGAUGAUGAUAAGAUCUACCUUUUCUUCAGUGAGACAGCUGUUGAGUUUGAAUUCUACAAUAAACUACUGGUUUCAAGAAUUGCCCGAGUAUGUAAGGGGGAUCUAGGUGGCCAGCGAACUCUCCAGAGGAAGUGGACCACCUUCCUGAAGGCCAGCCUGAUGUGUUCUGCUCCUGAGAUAAACUUUCCAUUUAAUAUUAUUCAAGAUGUCUUUAUGAUGAGGGCAACAAACUGGAGCGACAAUAUUUUCUAUGCUGUUUUUACUCCGCAGUGGGGGAAACAGGAUAUUUCUGCAGUUUGUGCCUUCAAAAUGUCAAAAAUUCAGGAGGUGUUCAAUGAAGGAAAAUUCAAGUCAGCUAUAACAGUAGAACAAUCUCGCGUCAAGUGGGUGAUGUACAGUGGAACAGUUCCUGUCCCUCGUCCAGGUGCUUGUAUCAACAAUGAUAUCCGUAAGAGUGGCAUCAAGACUUCUCUAGAUCUGCCAGACAAAACACUCCAGUUUGUUCGGGACCAUCCUUUAAUGGAUGAUUUAGUGACCCCCAUCAACAACCGACCUAAAUUAAUAAAGCAGGGUGUAAAAUACACCCAGAUAGCUGUAGACAGAGUUAUAGCAGCAAACCUUGAAGAAUAUGAUGUAAUAUUUCUGGGAACAGAUAGUGGAUACCUGCACAAAGCCCUUAGCUUGGAGAAGGAUAUGUUUAUUAUUGAAGAGGUGCAGCUGUUCCUUUCUGCAGAGCCUGUACAAAACUUACAGCUUUCUUCAAAAAGGGGUCAUUUGUAUGUUGGAUCCCCAUCACUGGUGGUCCAAGUGCCUGUUGCCAUUUGCACUAAACAUAUCAAUUGUUGGGAUUGUGUACUGUCUAGAGACCCUUACUGUGGAUGGGAUAAAACUACAAGCCAAUGUAUUCACAUUUCAGAGAUUAAGUUUGACAUACAGAACUUAGUUCAGAAUAUAGAAAAUGGAGAUCCUUCAAAAUGUCCCAGUCAUGAAAUCUAUAAAGCUGAAAAGCAAAUUAUUAUUCCUGGAAACAAUAUGGUUUUGAAUUGUUAUCCUACAUCCAACUUGGCUCAAAUGCAGUGGUUACACAAAAAAAGAGAAAUUACAAUAACAGAUCCAAGAUACCUCCACUUCAGUGAUGGAUUAUUAAUAUUUAAUGUUUCUACGGAAAAUGAAGGACAGUAUGACUGCCUUUCUGUUGAAACAGUGGCUGGGAAACAAUUUUCACAAGUCACAGCAAGCUAUUUUCUGCAGUUAUCUACAUCUAAACAUGGAUUAGAUCAACAUCCAUUUCCAACAAAGGUGCAUCUUGGUGUGUCUACCUUACCAGACAAUACUGGUCGCAAGGCUGCCUUGCCAAUGAUACAGAAUUACCUUCAAACUGAAUUGACAUUGAAAGGUUUCCUGGUACUCUUUAUCAUGAUGUUCAUAUUUCUUCUUGCAUGGAAUAUUUAUAAAGGUCAUGUGCCAUUACCACUGCGGCCAUCUGGAAAUGAAAAUGUAAGAAGAACAUCAGCUAUUAUUUUGAACAACUCAGUGCAGGAGGUGGAGGAGAAAAUAUCACUUUCAGAGGGCCCUCAAUUAAAGGGUGCACUGAGCAAUGUUGACCUCCCACUUACAAGUACCGCCAAUGCAGAUCCACUUGAGAAGAACAGCAACAAUAAUUCUAUACUACUAGAGAAUGCAAACUCCAGCUGUGCUAGACCAUUGCUUGUUCUUGACGAAUUGGAAUACAUUGAUGCUGAUCAGACUGAAUCAAAAGCAUAAGCCUAAGGAAAUUACAUUAAUUAUUUGAGAAAUGCACGUCAUGAAUAUUGGGUAAUGUAAUGUUGCAUUUUCUACCUCCCACAUGCCCCUAUCUUCCACGUUCCUAUUCUUAUGAAUGAGGCUCUAUAUCUGGACGAAUGUAAAUGUGGAAGAAUAAGCCAUAUUAUGUAUUCAGUAAUAUACUGUACCUCUCUGUGUCCCACAAAAGAUUACAUAAUCUAUGUUGUGCAUAUUUCACCUCAGGAAAAAAAAUAUUUUUUCUUUGGUCUAUGCAUUUUUUUUAUAAACCCAACUGAAAAGAGCACUGGGUUUUGAACAGAUACUGUAGGUACUAUUGGGUUAGCUCAGUGUUCAUGUACUCAACAUGCUUGCUUAAAAGCACUGUGAAUUGCUAUUUCAUUGUCACUGUGAAGAAUACACCUUUGUAGCCUUAAUUCUCAUGCACAAGUGGUGAGUUUAGCUGAUCCCUGGGAGAAGGAAAUCACUGAAUUUCUCCUUUGUGUGUUUUAUGCAAAUACAUGUUCUGACAAUUGGAUCUGUUUUUCUCUCAUUUGUGCCCUUCCAUGAAGUAUUGAAAUGUGUGUGAUUAACACUUAAUGUCCAUUUUAUCACAGUGAAUACACAUUUGACAAACUUUUAGUUUAAUGAUUCGCAAUGGCACAAAUUAUUUUAAUGCAGGAAAUAAGAAAUGUUAAGAACAGGGGAAAGCCACUGUCCAACAAACUUGCUAGUUCAACCCUCGUAUCAUAUCUAUCAAUCCCUUCCCUUGGAUAAUACUUUUAAUGAAAUUGUGCUCCCUUUUUCUUUAUUCUAUCUUUCGAUCUUUGGUAGUGAGCCAAUCACAUCUUGAAUGAUUGAAUUUCUGAACAAAACCACCAGACAAACCCCACAUUUCCUUGAUCCAGUUAGACGGAGUUCAUCUUGAGUUAAACCGGGUAAAAUGUCCAAGGAUUUAUGUAGUUUUAGCUAAGUCAUCAGUUAAAAAUGGUUGCUCCCAAAUCUUUCUUUGCACUUUAGUCCCAUGCUCUUGAUCUUUAGAUACAGAGUUCAGAGGAACCUAUUUAUGAGACUGCUCCUGAAAAGGACAGAGUGGGAUGUAGAGAUCCAGUAAGUGGUUGUUGAGGAAUUCCUCUAUCUUGACUACCUGCUCCUUUUCCAAGGUUAUGUUUGAGCAUGGAUCGCACUGAAGGAGGACCUUCUGUGAUUAGUGGAGUGCAUCCUUGUUAUUGAGAAUAACAUUUAAUUUUUUUAAGCCAGCAAGCCAGACUUGUACAAUUCAGUCACAUUUGCACAUUGUUGGAAAGGUGAUGGAUGAGCUAUAGUCGUUGUUCCUGUUUGCUUUGCAGAGAUUCCUAAGUCCAGUAGGAACUGGUUCCAGUCCAGUAAGCCUACUGAUUCCAAUGCAGACAAAAUUCAAAUUUUGUAGAUAUUUCAUAGCAUCCAAGCCUCUUUUGAGGAUAUAGAAAUAAUAUAUGAUUUUUAGAGUUUCCUUAAGAUUCAUUGUUCAAAAUGUUAAACAAAAAAAAAGGAUAAUUUUGGCCAUCUUAUCAAUGCAUCUCUCUUAUGGGCAGAGAAUUGACACAUGAGGUAUGACUUUGAGGUAUUUUUGCAACUUGAGGUGAAAUUUAAAUAUUUAAUUUUCAGGAUUUGGUAAAAUAUAGUAAAAGUGACUCAAAUAUAUUUAAGUGAUUCUAGACUACACAAGAAUAAUCAAAGCUGCCGAGAUUCCAUUCUUGAUUGCGUGCAUCCAGUUGCAGACCCUAAUUCAUCAGUUAACUCAUGUGAAUGGUAAAUUACUGGAACGGUGUCAUGAAUCCAUAAUCUCGCAUAAGUUAGACUAUCUGUGGAGAAAUAAUGAGGCAGAAAAAUGUUCAUGGAGAACAGUUUCAUCGACGGUAAGAUGCAAACCUAAGUGUCUUCGCAGCUUCUCAAUUCUAAUAAAUCAUAAAAUAAAUAUUUUGAAAAGUUGCAACUAUUCUAAAUGUUAGUGUUUAGUACUACAGUGGAUGUGAUAAACCAUUAAGUGUUGCUGGUUUCCUGAUUCUAUAGAAAUCCUAUGGAGUUAUUUACCCGAACACAAUUCAUUCACCGAGUUUUGCAAUAAGAAAACGUGCGUUUUGACCCAACUCUUCCAUGCUGACCAAAAAUGCCUAUCUAUGUUAAUUCCAUUUACCAGUGUUUAGCCCAUAUUCCUUUAAACUUCGCCUAUUCAUGUACCUGACCAAAUAUCUUUUAAAAGUUGUAAUUGUACCUGCCUAUACCACAACGUCUUACGGCUCAUUCCAUAUACCCACUAUUCUUUGUGUGGAAAAUGUUGCCCUUUAAAUCCCCUUAAAACUUCCCCCUUUCAUUUUAAACCUAUGGUCUUAUUUUGGACACCCAUGCCCUGGGAAAAAGACCUGACUAUCUACCCUAUCUAUGUCCCUCAUAAUUUUAUAAACAUCUGAAAGGUCACCCCUCAACCUCCUUUUCUCCAGAGAAAGUAAUCCUAGCUAUCCAAUUUCUUUUUAUUACUCAGGCAAUGAUCUAUUGAACUUUUUCUGCAUCCUUGUUGGGUUAAUUGCAUCCUUUCUAUACUGUAGCAGCCAAAACUGCACAUAAUCCUCCAAGUGCAGUCUUGCCAAUGAGUUGUAUAACUAUAACAUUAUAUGAUACAUCUUUACUACUCUGUCCACCUCUGUUUCUGCUUUCAGGGAACUAUGUACUAUAUCCCAAGGACUUUCUGAUCAGUCACACUUUCCUAGGUCCAGAUGUAUACCUGGUUUAACUUUGCACUUGGCUGAGUAAAUUCCAUCAGCCAUUUCAAUGCCCACUUUCCCAGUUGGUCUAGAUCAUAUUGUAACCUUACACAACUUUCUUAACUGUCCACGAUAGCAUCAAUAUGUAGUUACUGAUCAUCUACCUACAUUCCCUUCUCUGCAGCACACCAUGUUAAUACUCCUCAAGGAACCUGUUUGACCCCCCUUGACCUGUGACUCCUUUUUUUCCUGACCAGAGCCUUAAUAUUCCUAUCUGCUAGGGUUCUCUUAUCCUGCCAAUUUUGUCGUUCACUAACAGGAGCCUGCUGACCCUGAACUCGGACCCAGUCUUGCGUGUAGAAGCUACCCACUUGCCAGACAUUCCUUUUUGCCUGCUAACAGACUGUUCCAAUGAACCGUUGCAAGUUCCUCUCUUAAUGCCAUCAAAAUUAGCUUUGCCCCAAUUGAGAACAUUUAACUUGUGGACCAGUCCUAUCUUUAAUGAUCUUGAAAUUAACAGAAUUAUGGUAACUUAUCCCGAAGUGCUCCCCAGCUCACUCAUCAGCCAUGUUUCCUAACAGCAGGUCAAAUGUAGCCGCUUCUCUGAUAGGGACAUCUACAUGUUGUUUCAGGAAACAUUACUGGGUAUACUUAACAAAUGUUGCCCUAAUCCCUUAGUGCUCCUUAAGAAGUCAACAUUAGGGACAUUACAAUCACCUAUUAUUUACAACCUUAUUAUUUCUACACCUAUCUGUGAUUUCCUCACAUAUUUCCUCCUCCAAUUCUUGUCGAAUAGUGGAGGGCCAAAAGUAUAAUACCAUAAAAUAAUAGUGAUCUCCCUUUUUUUUUGUUUCCGAGUUCCAUAUGGCCUCGCUGGGCAUUUCCCUCCAGGAUAUCCUCUCUAAAUGCUGUUAUAAUGUUCUCCCUAAUCAUUAGUGCAACUCAUCCUCCUUUCUUACCACUAUUGCGCUGGAAACAGCUGUAUCUUGGAGCAUUGUGCUGCCAAUCCCGCCCAUCCCUCAGCCAUGUUUCCAUAUUGGCUAUAAUAGAAAAAUCCCAUGUGGUGAUUUGUGUGCUGAGUUCAUUUGCCAUACCAAUCAGGCUGCUUGAGUAAAAUAAAUGUUCAGAUAAUCAUACUUUCUUUGUUCCAUGUCCUGGCCUUGCACACUUUAAGCUCAAUAUUUGCUUCAUUUCUCUCCUCUGAUACUACUCCUUUAUGUCCUACCCCUGUCCCCCCCCCCCCCCCCCCCUUUCCCAAAAUACCCUGCCAGACUAGUGUGUGGCACAGGGAAUAAUCUUGAAAGUAUAAUCCUGAAGGCUCUGUUUUUUAACUCACUGCCCAGCCCCCAACAUUUACUUUUGACUAUUGGUGUCUUUCAAUUCAGUUAUUUCAAUCCACUGUGGUCUUCACACUUUCCUAUCACCAAAAUCACCAGCCACUCGCAUAUCUUCAUCAGCUUCACUUCAAACCCAAAAAUCUUCUCCCUAAAUAAUUGUCUAGCUCUCUCUUCCUUUCACGUGAAUAUUGAAACCUAGCUAUUGGCGAAACUUUAGUUCUGUGUCCUGAUCUCAAUGUCAAGAUUUGUUUGCUAUUCCAGUUGAGCCGAUUGGAUUUGCGUUCAAAUGGAAGUUGCUUUAUUGUGGUCGGUCCUGCAAAGCAGUCUUGAAAAUGCAUUGCAACAUGUUUAUAUUGAAAAUGUAACUUUUCCUUUGUUUUUUCUUGAAGGAGGAUUUAUUGAUUGUUACUAAAUUCACAUUAAAUGUGCAUAUUCUGGCUGUAAAUGCAGCGCUGCUUUUCACUCUAUCGGAUGAUACCACAUAAAAUCCUUAUUGUACAGCCAAAUUUAUAUUUUUAUACAUGUAAAUGUUGAUGAUUUGGUAAGCUUAUAUCGUGUACAUAGAUAUGAGAACUCUUUCAAGUGCCAAUUCAGCUAUGCAUCGUGUAACAUCAUCGAAGGGCAAUAUUUGUCAAACGCCAUCAAUAUUUUUGAAGGGUGAAAAUUAUAUUUCCCAGUGAAAAUUUAUGAUCCUGUAGAUCUGUGGGACACUAUAAUCAUCUUGGUUAAAUAUGAUAUUUAGAUUCUGCGCUUGCUGAUAUGUUUUACAAUUAAUAUUAGGUGUUAUUUGUGACACUCCUCUCUCUCCCAACUCUGCUAUCAUUCUCUGUAAAUCUGCUGUUCCAUGCUUUUUAUUGGCCUUCGUUUUUUGGCAUUCCAUAUUGUAGGGUGUGAACAAAGCUUGCAAAUAGUGUCCUACAUAAUAAAAAGAUGUAGGAAGUAGAGUAGGAGGAAACCCAAGUAUUCAAUGUGCAGAGAGCAGGGAAUUAACAACUUAAAGACUUUUGACCCAGAGUAUGUUUUUUUUAUCUUUUCUCUUCCUGUGAGGAAGUGUCUAGCCUACAGUCUGUCACUGGUCUCACAAGCAUAAUUAAAUCAGGACUGGAACUUAUAAUAUCAGCCACAGCCGUAAUGUUCUAUUUGCCAUGGUCAAGGAGCUGUUGUGCUACGUACUUUGGCUCUCAUGACCCAGUGAAUUAUGUUAUAACCUUGCUCAAAUAGGUUUUUUGCAACUUGUUUACAUCACAUCUUUUUCUGUAAUGAUGAGUGAGAAGAAAUUCAAUGCUUUUAAGUUGAGGGGCAUAAUGCGUCCUUUUAUAAAUAAAAAAUGUGAGUAAUGGGGGCCAUUGUGACAAUCGCCGCAAGAUAAAGACUGCAGGCAAGAUAGUUCUUGUGGUUUGCCUUAACAAGUGGGAGAAGAGCAGAAAACUAGCAAUGCAUGUUGUUAACAUUACUGGGAGAGAAUCCUGAUAAACCAAGUCAUAUUAUGAGAUAGGUCUUAUUACAGGUUUUCCUUCUGAAUAUGUAUUGGAUUAAUAAAAUUUACGUAGUUUAUAUAUAUUUUUAAUCUAAUUCACAUGCAUGGGCCUAUCAUGAAAAUUAUAAACACCAUAAUUUGGGCCUACACCCAAUCCUGUGAAAACACAUCCUCAUAAAACAAUAGCUCCAUGCAGUAAAUAGAUAGUGAAACAUUAAACAAAUGUUUCACUAUCUAUUUACUGCAGGGAGCUAUUGUUUUAAGGGGCUCAAAAUGACCAUUAAUUUCUGUCCACAAAACAUUUGCGAAAUCUUUUGGCUUCAUAUGCAAAUAUCACAAUGUAACUGAAUACCAGGUAAUCCAAAACUUCAGGACUACCGUCUAGCUCUGCAUCUUCAUGGCCAGCAAAGUAAUGGAAAAUCAGAACAAGGCUAAAUGUGACUAUAAUGUCCUUUUUGGUCAAUGGAACAAAAGCACAUCAGAGAAAUGAUUAUUUUGAUGAAGCAGCACAAUGAGGCUGUGCUUAUGGGAAAGUAUCCCAGCAGGAAUCUGUAUUCAGGAGCAAAUGGAUAGAGGGAAAACUGGUUUGGAAAAUAUAAUGUUAUAGAUGUCAGCCUUAUGUAAUACCCAGGGGAAGAAAAUAGUCUGCAAAGAACAAUCUAAUGUACAUGAGCGUGAGAUAAUCACAAUGAAAAUUGGCCCAAGAGUUAGCCUAAUUGUCCCAACUCUUCCAGCCUGGCUUUCUGUGAAAAACCAUUUGAAUUAUUUUCAAAUUGUACAGCUCUGCUUUGUAAAUACUGUAAUCAAAAAGUUACCCAUUUUCAAAUUAGCGUUUUUCAAUGUGCAAGCAAUUCUUGUAUGAAAAGUGGAUUUAAACAAAAAAAUCAUAUGAUUUUUGUUGUGUUAAAGUCUGCAAAGACGGUGGCUGCCUUUUAAAACAACUACUGCAAAAAACAAAUAUUUUUAAAGAAUAUUUUAAAAUGAAACAUUUUUGGAAUAAAAUCUUCUUGUUGAUGAAGAGAUGCUACAUCAACAUCUUGUUAUAAAUCUUACACAUGUCCAAUGACAAUCUUUACUGAAUGCUAUUUUCUAAUUCAAAGCCUUGUUUUAUUUGGGGUAUUCCAACAAACACAAUUUCAGUAAUUUUUUUGUACAAUGUAAUUAAAUUAGAUUUUAAAAUUUAA